GCACAACAACAAAGACGCCAUUUCCUUCUUUUUCUAAAACAGGUUAAGCUAAAUCUUUAGCCUCUAAAAAUGAGCUUGUUUUUACCCAAAUUGACUUCUAAAAAAGACAUAGAUGAAGUUAUUAAAGGCGUAGCAGAGAAAGUUGUAGUUCUGCGCUUCGGGAGAGACGAAGACUCUGUUUGUCUGCAGUUAGAUGAAAUUUUAUCAAAAACUGCCCACGACUUGAGUAACAUGGCGUCCAUCUACAUAGUUGAUGUCGACAAAGCUCCUAUUUACACCAGGUACUUUGACAUCAGCUACAUCCCCUCAACAGUUUUCUUUUUCAACGGGCAGCACAUGAAAGUUGAUUAUGGCUCUCCUGAUCACACCAAGUUUGUUGGCAGCUUCAGAACCAAGCAGGAUUUUAUCGACCUGAUUGAGGUGAUUUACAGGGGAGCCAUGAGGGGGAAAAUGAUUGUCCAGAGUCCCAUCGACCCUCAAAAUGUUCCAAAAUAUGAUCUCCUCUACCAUGGAAUUUAAAAGCAACGCCCUCAUCUGUAUGGACUCAUUAAUAAGCACCAACUACAGUUUAGCAACUAUGAAGUUGGCUGGACAUGUUUUGAUACGACAAGUAAUGUUUCUCUGAUUUAGAGACUGUUAAAAAAAAAAAAAUCUAAACCAUUAACCACAAAACACAAAGGAUGCUCUUUUUGUCUUUUAAAGGCUCUUUGACAUUCGAGCCUACGGAUACGUUUUGAUAUAUUUGUUGAAACGGUGCCUUUAUGUUUUUAAUUUUCCCAUGGAAAACAGCUGUAGAUUUGAAAGUAUUUAUCAAAUGUAAAAACCUGUUUCAAUAAACCUGAAAUACUCCUGUU